AUGUUAGAAGCCCAAGAAGGAACAUUAGAGGAACACGUAAAUAAUCAGCAUCACCAACAACCUCAGCUACAGAGACCUGAACUGAACGAAGCUCCAGGCGCAUCAACAUCUUCUCAGCCCUCCAUAGAUAACUGUAUGGUAUGCCGUUGCUUCGUAUGUGACAUGCCGAUUACAGAGAAGUUUGUAAACCGCGUGCAAGACAGGUCUUAUCAUUCCGAUUGUUUGAGAUGUACUGUCUGUAAGGAAAUGCUUUCAACCACCUGCUUCCAAAGAGGCGAAGAGUUUUAUUGUCGAGAUCACUUCUUCAAACUGUUUGGUACAAAAUGUUCGCGAUGUGGAGAUGGUAUUGUCCCUGAUUCUGUCAUUCGCACAGCAGCAUCUCAUAUUUAUCAUGUCAAAUGUUUCCAAUGUGUAAUUUGUAAGAGAGAAUUGAAAACUGGUGAUGAAUUCUUCUUGAUUCCCGAAGAUGGUCGUUUAGUUUGUAAAUCCGAUUAUGAAAUGGCUAAGGAAAAACCUUCUGACUCUGAAAUGGAUGGUGGAAAUAAGCGACCACGUACGACAAUUUCAGCAAAAUCUCUCGAAACUCUAAAACAAGCUUACCAAUUAAGCAGCAAACCUGCCAGACAUGUACGUGAGCAAUUAGCAGCAGAAACUGGAUUAGAUAUGCGUGUAGUUCAGGUUUGGUUUCAAAAUCGUCGAGCAAAAGAGAAACGUUUGAAAAAAGAUGCUGGUAGACGUUGGAACCAAAAUAUUAAAGGAGAUAGUGAUAGCAAUUCACCUACGGGUAGUUUAAAUGGUCAAAGUCCCCAAUACUCAACAGGAUAUAUUGAGCAGAGCAUAGAAUCCGAUCACCAGCCUUCUGAAAUGACUUAUAAUGUUCCUGAGCUUGAUAACUAUCCCGUUAUGCCAAAUCGUCCCGAUAUUAACAUGACUCCAGCUGGCAAUCUUGUAGGAAUGGAAAGUAUGCCGUUUCAAAUGGUACCACAUAUGAACCCGGAGGUUUCAAUUUAUCUGCCUAUGUCUUCAUCCAUCGGUGCUCCGCCAGCAUUGAAUCCACUUGCAAUGGGACCAAUGAUGCAUCACUAUAUGGCUUAA